CGUAGCGUACCACACCAUUUAGUACCACACAGCAGUUUUGAUUAUUGUGUUUUCAGUAAUUAUAACAGAAAGUAUGGAAGAACGGACUAUGUGCAAACUAUCUUCCAACUAUUUUAUUAUUGUGCUCAGUGCUAGUUUAUAACAGUGUAUAUAAAUAAGAAAGAAGUGAACUUUUGUGUAUAUAGUUAGAUUAAUUUAUUUCCAAAAUGGUUAACAAAAAUUACGGCAGCAUCCCCGAAGAAAAGAUUCCGCUUUAUCCCACGUAUACAAGAAAAUACGAGGGAUCCAAAGUAUUAGGCCUUUGCAAAACCGAGUUUUUGUUUUCCCUUUAUUUAUUUGUUUAUGUAAUGUACUUAUGCUGCGGGGCAGCACUAUUUAGUAUUUUGGAAGCACCUGAAGAGCAGGCUCUUAAAGCGAAGUUGGACACUGCGAUACACAAAUUUCUUGUCGAUCAUCCCAAUGUCUCAGAUCAAGCUUUGGAGGACUUGCUAACGGAAGUUGUUAAAGCCAGUAACAGAGGCGUAUCAGCAGCCAGAAAUGCUUCAGGAGAGCCCAAUUGGAGUUUCGGACAAUCAUUAUUUUUCUCCAGUACGGUCGUAACAACCAUAGGAUACGGUCAUGUGACUCCACUAAGUCGAAGUGGCAAAGUAUUUUGCAUGCUGUAUGCAGUAGUGGGCAUACCUUUAACAUUAGUACUGCUAUCUGCUCUGGUUGAAAGACUGCUCAUUCCUACAAUUUGGCUGCUUCAGUGGCUGAAUUCCCGUUUAGGUCACUUGUAUCAGCCAUUCAACAUUCGUUUAUUGCAUCUUUUCAUAAUCGUAUUAAUAUUGGUAGGACUAUUUCUCAUAGCACCAGCUACAGUGUUUGCUACAAUAGAACCGGAAUGGGACUUCUUAGACUCCUUCUACUAUUGUUUUAUUUCAUUAACUACGAUCGGCUUGGGUGAUUAUAUCCCAGGAGACUCCCCUGAUCAACCUUACAGGCCGCUGUACAAAAUUGCAACGACAGGUUAUUUGUUCCUUGGAAUAACUUUCAUGAUGCUAACACUUGCAGUAUUCUACGACAUUCCGCAGUUAAACCUAGGUCUCCUUUUCACCGCUAACGACGACUCCAAUUCAGAAAAGGUACGACUUGCCGGGGCUGGUCAAGGAUUGCAUUAUGGUGCGGGAGGUACGUUCAGUCCUCAAAGCGACGACAACAACCACAGGCAAGUGGUGAGAGUGCGGUCAAGAAGAGAUGACAGCCCCAGUCCUGAAGAAGGUCCCAUAAAAGAACUUAGGCUUCCUUGAAUGUGCACUUAACGUAAAACUUAGAGGUAGAACACCUUAGAGGAAUCUAUAAAAUUGGGCUAACAUAAUUAUAAAUCUGGAUAAGAUUUUAGCCAACAGCUUUACUUGUUCUUCAACAUAAAAAAUAAUUACUGAACAUGAAGUCGUGUACAAAAUAACAGUAGUUGUGAAACAACUAAAAACUAACGAUGCAAUAUUACUUAUAACACCAAAAUAUGUGUUUAUAGCUGUUUUAUUGUUAUAAUCAAAAAUCACUCAAGAAAAUGUUGGUUCCCUGAAGGUAUUAUUAAUUUGUUAAUAUUCAACAUAUCAAAUAAACAUAUUUCACUUAAAUCCAUGUUAGUCCAACGAGUAUGUUAACUAGUAAUGUAUAUGUAUAUUCACUUACACAAACUCUAAUACUAAUAUGAUUUUGAACUAUUUUGCUAGAAUUACCACACAUCAAAUGCACAGUAUUUAUAGAGUAUAUUUUUGUAAGUUUUAUCUUUUUUGUAUACUCUCAGCAUUUUACUGAUAUGUUAUUAAAUGAGUUUAUAAAAAUGGCUGUAUAAUGUCUUAUGAUUACAUAUUAGAAUGGUACUUAUGAUCAUUUGAAUAGAGUGCUAUUGUACGCCUAGUUUAGUGAGAUUAUUACUCUGUCUGUAACUGUGGACCAAAUAAAAAUAGAAAUGCAA